AUGGAGAAUCUUCUUACCUUCAACUUGCGUGUCCCGGGGGGUGUCCAGGUAGUCUCCCAUUUGAUCAGCGAGAACACUAUCAUCGAGCAGCCCCUCCUCAUGCUAAGCCCCACCGUGGGAGGUUGCAACACGCUGACCCUCUUCGCGGGCAAGGUUGCUGAUCAGAUUCUUUCGGACUUUGUGCCGGAGUUGGCUGCCCUGACCGGAAAAAACAUCCAAGACGGCAGCAUGCCCGUGAUCGAUAACAUCGGCAGAACCAAGAAGCAGCUCAACCAGUUCGCGACCAAGAACGUAGCUAGCUUCCCCCAGUUCUCCAAGGACAAAAUCCUGGAAGUUACUAGCCGGGCAGCCACGAACAUCCGGGGCAUUGCGGCCAAGUCCAACAUCGAAGCGGAGGAGGUCCCCAGAGCGGCCCAGCUGGCCGGUUCCAUGACUACUGAAGAGUCCUGUAUCCCGACGACCAAGGAGACCAUCCGGGGGCUGUACAAGGCUGCCAAGACCUUCAACCCUGACAACAAGUUCUCAGUCCGCUCGAUUGAGGGAUCUGACUUUGACAAUGUGGCUAUUGAAUCAGACCUUGCGGAUGUCAUCUCGGGCAUGACCUUUAGCACUGGUGCGAACGUUGCCGGACCACUGAGGAACAAGAUCCUGGACCCGUUGUCUAAAGCUGCUGUGGAGAGAUGCUGA